AUGCUGCGUGCCCCGGCUCCCAGUGAUGUGUUUGGCGAUCGUCCUUUCUCCGUCUUAGCGAAGGAAACUGUUUAUUCUGCUCAUCUAUUGCCUGUCUUGUCUUCGCAAUGUAUAUGUUGCAUAGGCUCCGGGGCAUUCGGCACUGUCCGCCUCGCCUGGUUGCAGGAGCGGAGGACGUGCUGCAAGCGCAUUAUGACAGCUGCCGGUGAUAGAAUGGAAACAACGGUUCUUCUUGGGGCCUGUGCUGCUGUGGCAGUGAAGCGCGUGGUCAUCCCCGAGGCGAGUGACGGUAAGGGAGAUUCCCUCCGACAGCUGUUGCUACGCGAACUCCAGGUGAUGGAACGUAUUCGCAUGCAUCCACACCCAAACAUCGUGCAGUGUUGGGGUUUUCUUUUUGGAAAGAGAGACAAAGAACGGACCCCCGACCUUUGGAACUUCUCAAGCGACAGCAAAGGCACUAGCAGGGAUGGGACGCUUCUUACAAGCCUUAAGAAUGAGAGACAACUGAUGGCGUUUGGUGAUGACACAAACACAGGCGAGGAGUUGUCGGUCCAACAAAUUCUGGAAGGAGCCUCGUACGUUGAUUUGUGUCUCUCACUCUGCACUGGGGGUACACUAGGGGACUAUGUACUUCACAAGGCCAGACAAACCUUUUAUGAAGCGACGGCUGGUACGUACUUUUCAAUUUUUGAAUUACCGGUGGAAGCUGGCACAAUGGCAUUUGAAAAAAUGAGUAUCGAUGACAUCAGCGGUAACCAGGGACUAACUGGAAGCACCAGUGAAGGCACCUCGUCAUUCACCUGCAACGAUGAUUGCAGUGCAACUCACACCCAUCCGUCAAAUAAUUUUGCUGAAGAGAAGGAAUCUGCCAAGGCGAAUUCAAAUUUUUUGCCAGCAUCCCUUACAUUCCCCGCUCGCCUUGCAGUUCCAGAGCGUGACAUUGUCGCCAUUGUGUACGCGUUGGCCAAUGCACUUCGCCACACGCAUGACACCUUAAGGACGUUGCAUCGUGAUAUUAAACCUUCAAAUGUGUUGAUAUUCAGUGGAGUGGGAAGGACACCACAAUACGCGCUGCAGUCUUCCUCCCUUUUGUGUGAGGCAUCCCGUGGAGAGGGUUCGGAUGGAAGUGGCACAACUUUUUCGAGUGAAGCUAUACCUUUGAGCCCGAGCGAGGAUUCCAAGCCAAGUGACACGUUGAGUGACAGUGGCGACUCGGUGGAAUUUGCCCUUUUUUCUGAAUGUCCAGCGACUCUUCAGGGAUCAACGACAGAAGCGCUGCGGUAUGGAUCCGAGAAGAAACAUGCGACACCAGCGUCAGAGGCAGAAGUAUCCAAUGCGAUGGAUGAGCCCCCCGCAACAUUGGUGGUGCCACUGGGAUGCGGACAAUACCGCCUGCCAUAUGUUGCCGGAGAGUCUCCUCGGAAAGUUUACAUUGAUUACCUGCCGCAGGUCGAGGGAUGGCGCAUACAGUUGGCAGAUUUUGGGGUUGCCACUGGUGUGGGGCAGCUCACAGGCUCAGGAAGGUGUGGCAGUCCUCCGUUCAUGGCUCCCGAGGUUGUUAAACACGUGCACAAGGGUGUCUCCACGAUGUAUGAUACGAAGGCAGACAUUUACAGUCUGGGGGUGACGCUGCAGUAUAUGCUUUUGCACCUUGUCGUUGGGUGUGAAGCAGGGGGUCAGAUACCGCGCAGCCACACGGAAGCCUUGGGGGCGCAGUGGGUCGACGAGGAGGGCACCGCAACACAAUUCCAUGUGGCGGAUGACCCGGAACCAACGGGGCAACUGCAGUUUCUUGUACCUAACGCCUGGCGCUGUGACCGAGAGCUCGUUGAGGGACACUACAUCCGCUCCGCCUCACUGGAAACGAAACUUUCUACACCUAAUGUGGAUGAGGGCAAGGGGGAUAAAAGUAAAGGAAAAACCUUUGCUGUUCCCCGUGCCUGGCGUUGCCGUGAUGAAUUGUUGGAAGGCCGCUACAUUCGCUCUGGGUUGCCAUCAAGCGGAGGUGGCAGUAACAUUCAUUUGCUGCAUCUUUUCACCCCUCUGGCAGAGGGAUUCAAGGUUGUCAGGGGAGCCCACACAGUGAAGGAGCGUCGUGGAACACGAUGCAGCUCAUGUGGAAAGCUUCAUCGACACCUCAUUGAACUGUUAAACGUCAUGACAAGAAGGAAAGCGUCGCAACGUCCACCGUUAUCAACAGUUCUUCAGAGUGCUGCGAUUAUUGAACAAGGCAGCUUUCUUCAUGCAAGAAAAUCUUUUGCCUCUUAUUCUUCUUCUCCUACCUCUGUUGGUGCUGUUGGCGUUGACGAGGGUAAUAUCAUUUCCCCCACGGUCUUAGAUUCCUCUGGGAGGAGGAGAAACUCAGCUGAUCGCUUACACCGUGCACAUCGACGGACACAAGAAAAGCUUCGUGUCCGUUCUCCCCCCACAGGAUUUCGCUUAGAAAUGACGCAGCAGCAGCAACAAAAUAAAAGCCAACAGAAAAGCUGUGAUGGCGGUGAAUAUGACACAACCGUGUUGCUGUGGCGUCCACCCUCCCUCCGUUUUCUUCGGGCGUCUCAUACCAGGACGAGGAUACGCACUGAAUGA